GGUGGCGCUGGCAGUGGAGGUGGAGGUGGAGGUGGAGGUAGUGGAGGUGGAGGUGGAGGUUCUCAGGGGUCGCUGGCUUGCAGCGCCAGCGAUCAAAUGCGCCGUUAUCGCACCGCCUUCACGCGGGAGCAGAUAGCCAGGCUGGAGAAAGAGUUUUACCGGGAGAAUUACGUAUCCAGACCCAGGAGAUGCGAGCUGGCCGCCGCCUUAAACUUGCCCGAAACCACCAUCAAGGUGUGGUUCCAGAACCGGAGGAUGAAAGACAAGAGGCAGCGCCUGGCUAUGACAUGGCCCCACCCAGCGGAUCCAGCUUUCUAUACCUACAUGAUGAGCCACGCGGCGGCCACCGGCAACUUGCCCUACCCCUUCCCCUCCCACCUGCCCCUGCCUUAUUAUUCCCACAUGGGCCUCGGAGCCGCUUCGGCCGCAGCCGCCCCCUUCAAUUCCCCCCUGAGGCCGCUGGACACCUUUCGCGUCCUGUCCCACCCGUACCCGCGACCAGAACUGCUAUGCGCCUUCCGACACCCCUCUCUCUAUGCUGGUCCGACUCACGGGCUGAGCGGUGCCGGAGGGAGCCCGUGCUCCUGCUUGGCUUGUCACGGCAGUCAGGCGAGCGGGCUAAUCCAGCGGCCUUCGGGAUCGGACUUUAGCUGCUCGGCCACCACUCGGACGGACUCCUUUCUCACGUUUACACCUUCGGUGCUGAGCAAGGCCUCCCCGGUCCCACUAGACCAGCGCGAAGAAGUCCCUUUGACCAGAUAA